AAUCUCCUUUACAUAAAGAUCGUAAUAUCAUCAAAAAAAAUGAACGACAGACGGCUAAAGAACCUCCUUUACAUAAAGCAAGGGUUACUAAGAAGACAAAGGAUCGUAAUAACAUCAAAAAAAAUGAACGCAAUACACAAAAUUCUGGUGCUUUAAAUGGUAUCG